UUAGGAUGGGAGAGGAGAGUCGGCCUCAGGGCAGUCGGCAGCGGCCCCAACCCACCGUGGGCCCCGUCAGCGAGUCGGUGGGCUGGGGCUCACCCUGCCUCCGGCCUCCGCAUGGGGAACACCAUCAGGGCCCUGGUGGCCUUCAUCCCCGCUGACUGCUGUCAGAACUACGUGGUCAGAGACCUCCGGGAGAUGCCAGUAGACAAGAUGGUAGAUCUGAGUGGGAACCAGCUACGCCAUUUCCCCGGGCACGUGUGCUCCUUCCGAGAGCUGGUCAAGCUCUACCUGAGUGACAACCACCUCAACAGCCUGCCUCCUGAGCUGGGGCAGCUGCAGAAUCUGCAGAUCCUGGCCCUGGAUUUCAACAACUUCAAGGCUCUGCCCCAGGUGGUGUGUACUCUGAAACAGCUCUGCAUCCUCUACUUGGGGAACAACAAACUGUGCGACCUCCCCAGUGAGCUGAGGCUGCUUCAGAAUCUCCGGACCCUGUGGGUGGAGGCCAACUGCCUCACGCGGCUGCCAGAUGUGGUCUGUGAGCUGCGUCUCCUUAAGACCCUGCACGCCGGCUCCAAUUCCCUGCGCCUGCUGCCGGGCCAGCUCCAGCGCCUCCGAGAGCUGAGGACCAUCUGGCUCUCGGGCAACCUGCUGACUGACUUCCCCCCGGUGCUGCUGCACAUGCCCUUUCUGGAGGUGAUCGACGUGGACAGGAACAGCAUCCGUUACUUCCCCAGCCUGGCCCACCUGUCGAGUCUGAAGCUGGUCAUCUAUGACCACAAUCCCUGCAGGAACGCACCCAAGGUGGCCAAAGGCGUGCGCCGCGUGGGAAGAUGGGCAGAGGAGACGCCAGAGCCUGACCCCAGAAAAGCCAGACGCUAUGCCUUGGCCAGGGAGGAAAGUCAGGAGGGAGACACACCUGCCCUGCCUCCUCUACUUCUUCCUCCCAACUCGUGAGGAGCUUCGCUGUAGGUCAAUGCCAAGGAUCCAACUCCAGCACCUUCUGGAGACCUCUCCUUUAGAGCAUACAGGAUUGCCCUGGGACCCGUGGGACGCCUCUGCCAGUGGGGAGUGAUGAGGUCACAAAAAAUGCCUCAAUCACACUGAGAAGAGAGAAUUUCUGGCCAACAUCUCUCCCAAAGCAAAGCUGUGUGCUAUGGGCAGCCUCACUCUCUGCAAGCAGAUGAGCCCCUCCAAACAGGUAUUUUGCAACACUGAAGAGUAAGAAGGGCUAGGGCGUUCUGUCCUCUACUCCAGAAGUGCCUGGUCAGGACACUCACGAACUCCUCAAACAAGGUAUUUACUCAAGAAUUCACCUAAGAGUUCAGGUGGCCUGGCUCUAGUCCUUUGCAGAAUAUAUUAUUACUAGGAAUGACCAUAAGUGGUAUGAAACUAGGACUUAUUCAGGCCACUUACAAAGGACAUUUCUACCCAGUCAGGCUCACAGACUCCACGCUGUUGCAAAGGCUCCAGAUGAAGCUUUCGCCCUGCAGUUUAGUGAAUGCUGAGUCCUUGGAUAGAAAAUAGCUCCUGGCGGAGUCCGGCUGUCACCUUAUACACUUGACAGUGGUUCAUGCCGACUUAACUUGUUUUCCCUAAAUUUCAAGGUUUGACCCUAGGUCUGUUCUCAACUGCUUACUGUCACUAUAAUGCUAGAAGUCCUCCAGAAAGUAGAACUUCUCGUUGGCAAUGUGGUCUUAUUAAAAUCGAGCCUCGUAACUUGCCUGCCUCCGUAGAGCCCUUCUGUUUAUUCACAUUUACGGAGAAGAGCUGAACUGAAUCCCCUUCCAUGGAGGGAACCCACUUUCCAGGAUCACAUUAGCUUAAAGGUAGCAGGUGAGAAAUCUGUUUACUUGAAACAAGCAUUUGGAAAUCUGAGUUGCAGGUUGCAGAUGCUUCUGCUUUAGCCUCAGUUUCUUAGCCUUUGUUCAGAUUUGAUUUUUGUAGAUAAUGUCUUUUGAUGGUCAGUGUAUAAGCUUAAACAUUUUGGCCAUUUUUUUAAGUGGUGACCUUUUCUUCUUCCCACAAAUACAUCAACCUUAAAAGAUACUGCUGUCAGUGGUUGAUUUAGUAACACCGUCCUUUAUGUUCUUGAACCUUUUCAGCAAGGAAAAGUGUCAUCUUAACUAUAGCUUACAGGUGCUUGCUUGGCUUUUAAAAAGUUACUUUUGCUAUAAAAGCACCUUAACCCAGCAAAGUUUGGUUCUGGAAUGACAUUACACAACAGACCAUUUUCAUGUGUUUUCCUACCAUAAAAUAUUUCUUGUUAAACCAAAGAAAAAGUUUGUUAUCACAUAAUCUCUUUCUGUUGCCACCUCCCAGUCUGUAGAAUAUCUGCAACCUACUGAUUAGAGUAACAGAUCCCUUCAAUCUUAAAUGUAAUAGGUUUUCAAAUAUUUAACUCAUUUCAUAAUGCGUCCAGAUUCGCACUGGACAGCUAGGAUUUAUAGUUUAUUUUCUCAUGCGUAAUGACAAACGAAACUAUACUCUGUUGAGGCUAAAACUUUAUGCUAAGAAAACUGCCUCUAAGCUGGGUCCACAGCCAGCCUUAUGGAUGGCUCGGACUUUUUCUUUUGACCCCGUCUUCCUCCUCCAAAGAUUGAUGCACCCAUCUUUUCCAGAACAACCACAGGCUACAACCAUAAAGCAGCGUGAAGCUAACUGACCUGUACAGGGCUCACAUCUAACGAGCUUAAGUGGUCUGAAUCAACUGUCAAGUGAUAAACAUUUGGCACGCAGUCAAAUGGUUUCCUUCUAAAAUAAUACAGAACACUUCCCAGUCAAUGGUUAAAUGUUCAUCACUGAUUUUGCUAUCUAAAAAUGUUUUCACUAUAGGGUUUCAGUCAAUUUUAUAAAAAAAAAAACACAUGUAAAUGUCUAUUAACAUUCCCAUACCACUGUUUUUUUUUUUAAUUCUGACAUAACUGCAAAGUUAAAAAGAGGAAAAUGAAGCACCAAAUGUAACUUUUCUACUCAUAAUUUUAAAAGCCCUGCAACACAAAAUGUUAUGCACUGGAGAAAAACCUUUCAAUUUAUACAGGGUUUUAUUUAGCUUCUCUAAAUACAAGUGAUGCCAACUAAAAUCUUUCUUUUGUCCUAAAAUGCAACAUCACUAACAGUUCAUUAUCUCACACCUAAAAGUGGACUUGUGCCCUAAAAAUCAACUAUACGUAAAUUUUAAAUAGAAGCACAUAUCCUAC